UCAAAGUUGUAGUUGACAAAAUGUCUUCCUCAUAUAUCAACCUGGCAACAUAUACAAACAUGCAGGGAAUCGGGUUCACUGUUGCAGCAGUUCUUACAGUUUAUGUUGUUAGCAGGCUGUUAUAUAGAUGGAGGAAUCCGAAAUGCAACGGGGUUUUACCACCAGGUUCCAUGGGUUUGCCCUUCAUAGGAGAGACCCUUCAGCUGAUCAUGCCAAGUGCAUCUCUUGAUCUCCCACCUUUUAUCAAGAGCCGAAUCAAAAGAUAUGGUCCAGUUUUUCGAACAAAUGUGGCAGGACGUCCAGUGGUAGUAACUGCAGAUCGUGAAUUUAACUAUUACAUACUAAAGCAAGACGGAAAGUUAGUGGAUACAUGGUCUCUUGACACAUUUGCUGAAGUGUUUGAUCAAGCUAGUCAAUCGUCCAGAAAAUAUACGAGGAACUUGACAUUAAAUCACUUUGGUGUGGAGGCUCUCAAGGACAAAUUGAUUCCUAGGAUGGAAGAUAUGGUCUCCAAAACUCUAGCAGAUUGGUCAAGUCGUGAAUCUGUUGAAGUGAAAAGCGCGUCUAUCACUAUGAGUAUUGAUUUUGCAGCAAGUCAGUUAUUCAGUGGUGAUCUUGAAAAUGCUCCUCUUAAGUUGAGUGAUAUGUUUAAUGACCUUGUAGAAGGUCUCAUGUCCUUUCCAUUGAACAUUCCUGGAACAGCACAUCACAAAUGUUUGAAGAUUCACAAGGAGGUGCGCAAAACAAUGGGAGACGUAUUGAGGAAAAGACAAAUGUCAUCGGAUAAGACUCCUAGAGAUGAUCUGCUUGAUCAUUUAAUACAAGACAUGAAUAAGGAAACAUUCUUGAAUGAGGAUUUCAUUGUUCAACUGAUGUUUGGUCUUUUAUUUGUAACUUCGGAUUCAAUCUCCACCACAAUGGCAUUAGCUUUCAAGUUGCUAGCAGAACACCCCUUAGUACUUGAAGAAUUAACUAAUGAGCAUGAGGCAAUCCUUGAGAAGAGAGAACAUUUAGAGUCUCCACUGACGUGGGAUGAAUACAAGUCCAUGACUUUUACUCGUCAGGUCAUCAAUGAAGUUCUUAGGUUGGGAAAUAUUGCCCCGGGAUUAUUUCGAAGAGCACUGAAAGAUAUUCCAGUGAAUGGCUACACAAUCCCCGCAGGAUGGGUUAUAAUGAUUGCAACAUCUGCUCUUCACUUGAAUCACGACGAGUUUAACAAUGCACUAGAAUUCAACCCAGGGCGUUGGAAGGAUAUUCAAGCAAGUGUUGUUGCAAAGAGUUUCAUGCCAUUCGGGGUAGGCAUGAAGCAAUGUGCUGGAGCAGAGUAUAGCAGGGUGCUUCUGGCCACAUUUCUUCAUGUUUUGGUUACAAAAUACAAAUGGGCUAUGGUGAAGGGAGGCAAGAUUGUGCGUGCACCCAUUAUACGAUUUCCCGAGGGCUUUCACUUUAAAAUCUCAGAAAAGGCAAACUGAUCAAACAAUAUAGAAUGCACCAGUAACAUGCACAAGAUCCACUAUCAGAAUAACUAUUUUAUGAUCAAGCAGUGCCAAUCUGAAUUUUUCUACGUUCUUAAAAAAAGUCAUUUCAUUUGUGUUGCGACACAUCUAAUCUUUUCAACAAUUUUUCUUUUCAGUUGCUUUUGCAAAACCACGUGUUGGAGGCAUAGAUUGAACACAAAAUUAAAUAGAAGUGCUAUGUAUAUUUUAUCAAUAAAAAUGAUUCAAUUGUAUUUUACACAUAA